AUGGCUGGCUUUGACGAGGAUGGCCUUCAAAGCUUCCUUCCGGCGGCUUUUGGUAGUUCGGGCGGCGAAUUCGAUCCAGCUGCGCAAAUGGAGAGUGUCAGGCGUAGGGUGCCCGGUCAGACCGACGCAAAACAGACUGCAUCAACCAGUUCCAAGGAUGGCAGCGAUUCAGACCAAGACUCUGACAGUGACGAUGAUGAUUCUGAAGAUGAAGACGAAUUUCCCACCUCGCACGAGAUUGUCUUCAAAACCCAUGACCGGGCUGUUACUACAAUCACCGUAGAUCCUGCUGGGUCUAGAAUGAUCACGGGGUCUACCGACUGUACGAUCAAACUGCAUGAUUUUGCAACGAUGACACCUAAUACUCUUCGCUCCUUCAAAUCUGUCGACCCUACCGCCACCAAAUCUUCUGCCAACUCCGAAACCCAUCCUGUCCAUGUUGCAAAGUUCAAUCCCAACGCGCCUAGUCAAGUGCUUGUGGUCACCGCCACACCCCAAGCGAGGAUAUUGUCCCGCGACGGUGAAACAACUGUGGAAUUCGUCAAAGGCGACAUGUACCUCCGAGACAUGCACAUGACCAAAGGCCACAUCAGCGAGAUCACCAGCGGGACAUGGCACCCCAAUAACUACGACCUCUGCGUAACGGCAGGCACGGACAGCACUCUACGCAUCUGGGAUGUCAAUGUCCGAAACAAGCAGAGGGAUGUUAUUGUGCACAAGUCCAAGCUAGCGGGGUCGGCUGGCCGCAGUCGCAUGACCGCGGUGGCUUGGGGCAGUCAAAUCGAAGGCGGCAAUACCCUCCUCGUGGCUACUGCUCUUGACGGGUCAUUGCUCAUGUGGGGAGGACAAGGUCCUUACAACAGACCUAGCGCCGAGGUCAGCCAGGCCCAUACCAGCAACACCUGGACAAGUGGUAUCGACAUAAGCUCCGACGGCCGGUUGGUGGUCACGAGGGGUGGCGACGACACAAUCAAGCUCUGGGACACGCGCAAAUUCAAGCAACCCGUGAACACCACUUCGCACGCCUCGACUUCGAGUCCAUAUCCCACAUCCAACAUCAUGUUCGCUCCCAACGCGACAUCCAUCGUCACCGGCUCCGAGACGGGCGACCUCCAUAUCCUCAACCCAGCUACACUCAAGCCCGAGCUUGUCACUCCCGUCACUCCCGGAUCUGCCCUCAUCAGCGUGUUGUGGCAUGACAAACUCAACCAAAUCAUCACAGGCAGCGCCAACGCCGAAACGCACGUGCUUUUCAACCCCAAGAUCUCCUCAAAAGGCGCAGUGAUGGUCAUGUCCAAGCCGCCCAAACGUCGACAUGUCGACGAUGACCCGAGCCUUACCACGGAUAUGUCGCAGGGCAUCUCAGGCAGCGCAAUCGUAAAUCCGGGUACGAGCAGUGAAGCCAUCCAGGGCAGUACUUUUUCGUCUCGGCAUCCGACCAUCGGACUCACCGCAUCUGGCCGUUCUCGCGAUCCCAGGAGACCGCACAUUCCGGCCACCACGCCUUUUGCUCGAAGCCAGCCUGAUGAGCGGCACAUCAAGGAGAGGAUUCCCCUGAGCUCCAUGCGUGAAGAAGAUCCUCGCGAAGCUCUGCUCAAAUACGCCGAAAAGGCGGAGCAAGAUCCCAUGUUCACGAACGUAUGGAAAAAGACGCAGCCGAAGACCAUCUACGCCGAUCUCAGUGACGACGAGGAAGGCGGUCCGCAAAAGAAAAAGCCGAGGACUUGA